GAGAUUGUUGAUAAAAUGGAUACUGAUGCCGAUGGCCAUAUCACAUAUAACGAAUUGAUGGCCUGGCUAAAGAAAAUUUCAAACAAAUAUAUAGACGAGGAUGUCGACCGAACAUUCGAAGAGUACAAGAGUGAAUUCAAAACCGACCAGAUUACGUUUGCUCAACACAAGACAAAGCUCACUGAUGAUUUUGACGACGAAGUCGACGACGAUGGUCAAGCACCGGACCUUUUGAAAGCUAUUGAACGUGAUCAAAAACGUUUUAAUAGAGCCGAUCUAAAUGGUGAUGGCAAAUUAGACAGAGAUGAGUUUGCCGCUUUUCUUCAUCCCGAAGAAUUCGAGCGCAUGCGUGACAUUGUAGUCGAGGCAAGUCUUGAACUAUAUUUUUCUUGA